CAGAAAAGGUCCCGCGCAGCCUGCGCUGGGUUCAGCCUCCACGCGGUCUUGGCGAUGCAGGGACCCCCAGCGCCCGCCCCGGCCCCCGGGCCCAGCUCCCCUCGGGGCUCCCCGCGCGGCUCCCCCGGACUCUUCAGGAAACUCCUGGUGAACCAGAGCAUCCGCCUGCAGCGGCGCUUCACUGUGGCCCAUCCGCUGUGCUUUGACCUGGAAAAUGGAUUCUCGUGCGGGAGAAGCACCCUGGACCCUCAGGCUGGGCCUGGCCUUGGCCGGGUCAUCCAGGCCCCUGCUCAGCACAGCCAGAGGCGAGAGUCCUUCCUGUACCGUUCCGACAGUGACUACGAACUCUCCCCCAAGGCCAUGUCCCGGAACUCCUCUGUGGCUAGCGAUCUACACGGAGAAGACAUGAUUGUGACGCCCUUUGCCCAGGUCCUAGCCAGUCUGAGGACAGUUCGGAGCAACGUCGCAGCCCUUGCCCACCUGCAAGGCCGCGGGGCAGCCAAGCAGGCAUCAGUCGAGAACCCCCUAAUUGGCAGUCAGCCCCCUCCACCUACAGAGGACACUGGGCAGAAGCUGGCUUUGGAGACAAUGGACGAGCUGGACUGGUGUCUGGAUCAGCUGGAGACACUGCAGACACGGCACUCAGUGGGGGAAAUGGCCUCCAACAAGUUCAAGCGGAUGCUGAACCGGGAGUUAACUCACCUGUCCGAAACCAGCCGCUCUGGCAACCAGGUGUCCGAGUACAUCUCCCAAACAUUCCUGGACCAGCAGACUGAGAUGGAGUUGCCCAGGGUGACCCCCAUGGAGACCCCAAGGCCCAUGUCCCAGAUCAGCAGCCUGCGUGGGGUCCCCCACAGUGCCAGCCUCUCUGCAGCCACCAUCCCACGCUUUGGGGUCCAGACUGACCAGGAGGGGCAGCUGGCCAAGGAACUGGAAGACACCAACAAGUGGGGGCUUGAUGUGUUCAAGGUGGCAGAGCUAAGUGGGAACCGGCCCCUCACAACCAUCAUAUUCAGCAUCUUUCAGGAACGGGACCUGCUCAAGAGAUUUCAGAUCCCAGCGGACACACUUGUUACCUACCUUCUGACGUUGGAGAAUCACUAUCAUGCUGAUGUGGCCUACCACAACAGCCUACACGCCGCUGAUGUGGCUCAGUCCACGCAUGUGCUGCUGGCCACACCUGCCCUCGAGGCCGUUUUCACAGACCUGGAAAUCCUGGCUGCCAUCUUUGCAAGCGCCAUCCAUGAUGUGGACCAUCCUGGGGUCUCCAACCAGUUUCUCAUUAACACCAACUCAGAGCUUGCACUUAUGUACAACGAUGCCUCUGUGCUGGAGAACCACCACCUGGCCGUGGGCUUCAAGCUGCUGCAGGCAGAGAACUGCGACAUCUUCCAGAACCUCAGCGCCAAGCAGAGGCUGAGUCUGCGCAGGAUGGUCAUCGACAUGGUCCUGGCCACAGACAUGUCCAAACACAUGAACCUUCUGGCUGACCUCAAGACCAUGGUGGAGACCAAGAAGGUGACAAGCCUUGGAGUCCUGCUGUUGGACAACUACUCCGACCGCAUCCAGGUCUUGCAGAACCUGGUGCACUGUGCGGACCUCAGCAACCCCACCAAGCCACUGGGGCUGUACCGCCAGUGGACGGACCGCAUCAUGGCCGAGUUCUUCCAGCAGGGCGACCAGGAGCGGGAGUCAGGCCUGGAGAUCAGCCCCAUGUGUGAUAAGCACACCGCCUCAGUGGAGAAGUCCCAGGUGGGUUUCAUUGACUACAUUGUGCACCCGCUGUGGGAGACGUGGGCUGAUCUGGUGCACCCAGACGCACAGGACCUGCUGGACACGCUGGAGGACAACCGUGAGUGGUACCAGAGCAAGAUCCCCCGCAGCCCUGUGGGUCUCAGCAGCCCCGAGCAGGUGGGCCCUGACCGAUUCCACUUGGAGCUGACUCUGGAGGAGGCAGAAGAAGAGGAGGAGGAGGGAGGAGCUUUGGACACGGAGGUCUCGGAGUCACCUGACACUGAGCUUCUGGCCCCUGACGCCAGCGCUGACCCUGGGGCCCUACUCGUGGACAACCAGAGGACUGGGGGCAAGCCCUGCCUGGACCAUGAGGCCAAUGUGAUGGCUGAGCCCUUUGGUACCUAAUGGCUCCUGGCAGAUGGGUGG